AUGUUUUCGAGUCUCCAGCGCGUGAUUGGACCUGGUAUCAUCCGGCGCUCUUCGAAUCAUCGAAGAUUCUCAAGCGUAUCCGUGCACUCUGUCUUUCCGGCAACUCUGUAUCGCUUCCAGGUAUAUCGCGAAUCGAAAUUGUUUGACAAAAGCCUCGGCGAGGAUGAAUGGGAUCCUGAGGACAGUGUCGAAGUUCAGGCAGAUGGAUUAGUCCAUCCCAAAAUAACUUUGGAUGUCUCCAACGGGGCUCUUUUCAUGCCAAAUACACACUUCAUGCAAGAAGUGACCCGAAGGUCGUACGAUUACUAUCUUGAAGGGUUAGAUGAUGGCAAGCCGGCAGAGAAUCCUCAUCUCUUAUGUAUCCAUAAAGGAACUGAGCUACCGGAUACGCUUUUGCUUCACCGAGAAAGAGAUUCUCGCUUUUCACUUCAGCCAUCGCAUCCAAUGCCAUUAACUGCCCUGAACAAGACUCUUACCGAGUUCUACAUUAAAAAUGGUAUCAUGCUUGAUCCGGACAAGUGGCUCGAGAAGAAUCCCUACCACGAAGCAUCUUUUGAUAAUUCAGCGGAAUGGAUGAAUGAGUAG